AUGGACGAGGAAACUUCUCGUUCGUCGCUUACCGACGAAGAAGAUUAUGUCGAUGAUAAUGAUAACGAUAAUGGAGAAGACUACGAAGAAGAGGAGCUACUAGACGAAGGUGAUUACGCUGAUGAGUUGAAAGAUCUUGAAGACGAAGGUGAAAUGACAAUUGAGGAACUUCAACGCAAGUACGGAUAUCACCCACCGACAGAAGUCGCAUCUAACACCGGACCCGCUGAAAACGGUGAAGCAGAGACUACUGGAGAAUCUAGUUCCGCAGCUCAUGACCACUAUGACCCAACUAUUCUCGAUUUCGGAAAUUCUCAAAGUGGUUACGAUGACGAUGAUGAUGACUACGCUCCUCCAGAUCCAUGGAAACGAACUAUUCGUGUGGACCCAGUCCUUUUUCAAGCCGAUGUUCCAGAUUUCGAAAAAUCCUCAUCUCAAGACUCCAACACUCGAGAUGAAGACAUCGUUUUGUGGUCUACUAACAAGCCAAAUCAACCAAAUGACGAAGUUCUAAAUAAUUACUUAAAGGAUAUUGUGGAUUUGAGAAAGACGCAUGAGCAGUCCGUUCCACCAGCUGGUUGCGAGGCUCGCGAUGAUGAAGAUGCAUUGUGCGCUUUGUAUCGUAAUAACUUUGACACUGAGAAAGCGAAAGAAUCAUUCCCAUUCCCACAUAUAAAUGCUCCAUUCCGUACUGUUCGUCCAGAUGCUCUGGGAUUUUCUGAAGAAGAAAGCAGAAUAUUCGAGGAAUCUCUUCAAAUGUAUGGAAAAGAUUUCUCAUUAAUCACAAAAAUGCGGAUGCCAUACCGAAAAGUGGGAGAAUUGAUUGAAUACUAUUAUCAAUGGAAAUUAACACCUGCAUACCGUGUAUGGAGAGAUGCUCACCCACAACACGUUCCUGUCGUCCAACCGCAUCUUUCUACUGCAUGGCAUCAACAAUCAUCUGAUCAUGAAGCACACCCCCAUGGACCAACUUCCUUUGCUGGAGCGUCAUUUUCCGAGCCGUCAACUUCUGAAGAAUCAACUACUCUAACAAACUAA